AUGUCGUGGCAAUGCAGGGUGUCGUAUCAGUGCAUGGUACACAGUCGCCUUGCUUUGUCCUUCACUAACUGCUAUCUGGCCCGGUUUGGGUGGCCUACGUACCCUUGUGGCCCCACGGAGCCCUUGUCUGCCUGUAUGGCCCAGCUGGACUCUCCCGCCGUCGCCGUGUUCUCGUCAAUGCUCGCCUCCACCCUGGACAUGUGUCGCUUCUUGGAGGCUCAGUCUCAGGGCAAGGCGACCGCCCACUCCCUGCUCAAGGAGUCGGCGGAGGAGCAGCGCAACCUGGUGGGGAGAGUGUUGAGCAAGGUGGAACAGCUGCAUCGCCUCGUUACAGGAGAGUUCUCAAACAUCAACGCAGUGGCGUUCUACGUGGUGGGAGUAGUGGUGAUCAUAAUGGUGACUUGCGGGCCGCGGUGUGGGAACGCUCGCCUGCCCGUCCUCCUGCUCCUCUGCACCACUUUCGUCCUGGAGAGGUUCGUGGCCUUGCUCGUGCUGACCUUCCUCGACACAGCCUCUCCUCAGGACACCAUCGAGGCUGCAGAGCACGUGUUGAGGCAUCUGAUGGUCAUCGCCGGGCUGUUUAUGGUGGUCGCCUCGGUACACUCCAUCAGGGAACCCGUGGCGCCGGCAGCGGUAACAAUGGAGGAGCUGCUGGCGGGGGCGAGAGAACUCCUAGGCGGGAGUGAGGAGGCAGUGGUGGACUCCCUGCAUGAGAGCUUCGAGGACAGUGACAGCUCCGACGACACCUAUGAUCCCAACGAAGAUCCCAACCCGCAGGACCGUCUGGCGCUGCUCAACUGGCACCCCGAGGAGAGGAUACAAUACACUCUCCGUGCACGCUUGCCCGUCACACCCAAUCCUAUUCUAGCCAUCGAAUCCCCAAGGGUGUUCAGUCUCUUGUUCAAACGCCAGGGGAAUGCCACACCCCGCAGACAGGUCGCUGUGUGGGACUCGCUCAACCUGUGGCAGGAACAGACGUACCACCAAGAGGAGGAGGAGGAGGAGGAAGAGGAAGAGGACGAGGAGGAAGAGGAGGAGGAGAGAAUUCGAGGGUGAUAGAAUGGGGGGUGGUAAUAAUGCCAUGUGGGAUGUGAUGGUAGAGAGAGAGAGAGAGAGAGAGAGAGAGAGAGAGAGAGAGAGAGAGAGAGAGAGAGAGAGAGAGAGAGGAAAAAAAAAGAAAAACGAAAAAAGUGUUAUUUAUUUAUUAUUAUUUAUUAUAAGUUUUGUAUUGUCGUGAUGUGAUGUCUGUGCUAUUUCCAUUUUUUGUAUUCUUUUCUUUUCCUUUUGUAAUUUUGGUUGAUGCUUUGCUCUCAUUCAUUUAUUUAUAUAUUUCGUAGUGUACAAAUCACAACUCAUAUUUAUACAUUUUUUUUUCGUUCCUUACCAUUAUAAUGUUUCUAAAGUGUUGAUUGUCUGAACAAUGGUAUGAAUGACGGCUAUACCUUUUAUCUAUUUAUUUAAAUUUUGUUUUUGUUUUAGUUCACUUCAAAUGUACUCGUGCAAAACAGAUUACAUAGCUUCUGUUACUCGGAAUGAAAAGUUAUAUGCA